UGUGUGUGUGUGUACACUUAUACUUUGACAGCAGGCUUUAUCAGCGAGGAACAGCUUGCAGGAACACGCUCUUCCUCUGAAUCCAACCGUAAGAGUCUCAGUCGUCUCCACCGGACCUGCAGGGCUGAAGCUGGCAUGACCAUGACGUGGCUUCUGCUCUUGUGUCUCAUCCUUCUGUUUGGAGGUCAGAGGUCAUCGGCGUGCCCCGACCUCUGCUCCUGUAAAGACGGUCAGGUGGACUGCAGCGGCCGGUCCCUCACCUCCACCUCCAUACCCACUAGUUUCCCUUCAGGAACCAUCAGUCUCCUUCUCCAUGACAACCUGCUGACCACCAUCCCUAACCAGCUCCUGGAUGACCUGACCUCCCUUCGCUCCAUCUCUCUCCACGGUAACCCCUGGGUGUGUGACUGUGGCAUCCUCUACCUGCGAUCCUGGAUCAGUCGCCGGCCGUCCAGCCUCGUGUCUCACCCGAGGGUGAGCUGCAGCUCUCCCCCCAGUCUGAGAGGCCGAAUGGUAGAGCAUCUAACCGAGGGUGAGGUGCUUGAGUCCUGCCAGUACUGGUACUGUGACCUGGCCUUGGCCUCGGUGGUGGCUCUGUUUGUGUUCGUGGUGGUGCAAGCGGCUCUGCUGGUGGCUCUCAUCAUUUUCCUGAGGAGGUUUGAGACACUCUCCAAGGAGGCGAAGAGAACCACAGAGGAGGGUUUCACAGCUGGAGAUUCCCACAGGGAGAAUGACUAUGAGCACUUAAAGGAUAGCAGCAUCUGAUCUGGGAUCUGUGUGGGCAAUUGAUAAUUUACUCCCUGUAGAUAUUUAUGAAUGGUUGAAACAUCUAAAAUUAAAGCUAUGUGACUUAUUGUGACCAGAUUUAACCCAAGCUGGGACAUUUUUAACAGUUGGGCUGUUUAAAAAGCUUCAAAUGUUUUUGUUUUUCACUCUUUAAUUAGUUUAUGUGUACCCAGAUUACAACAAACCAUUAAAUGAUAUAAAAAUCAAGGUGAAUAAAGUUACCAUCAGUUGUUA